CUUUAUUAUCAGCUCGCACGCCGCCCACCACCUCGAUCGACCAAGCUCUCGCCGUUGCCGGCAACAGAACAGAACAGACGAAAAGACGCAGGCUCUCGCGGGCUGGCUUCCGGCAUAUCCAUGCCCCUUCCCGAGUCCCUGGCGGAUUGAGCGUCUCCCUCCCCGCCGCGGCUCGCCGUUGACGGCGACGACGAGCCGCCAGCCACAUAGCCACGAUGGCCUCAGCGUCGUCGUCAUCGGCACCACAAGUUGCCGCCAGCAUCGUCCCCGCGCAGCUCGGCUUCCUCGCCAUCUUCAACCCCUCACUUGGCACGUCCGACGACACCAUCGACGAGCAGAUCGUCUACUAUGCCUCCGUUACCACGCAGCAGCAGCAGUCGGGCGGCCGCAAGCGCAGGCGGAGGGGCGGCACGCGCGGCCGUCCCACCGACGCCGUCUCGCAGGAGGAGCGUCAUGAGCGCCUCCGCCAGAUCGGCCUCGCACAGGGCAUGGUCGGCUUCUCGCGCGGCUUCGCUGAUGGCGCCCCCGUCGACGCCAUCGACACGGAGCGCGCCCGCGUCGUCCUGCACGAGCUGGAGCCCGGCUGGUGGAUCGUCGCCAGCGUCGACCUCACCAAGGCCCCGCUGCCCCCGCGCCUGUCCACCAAGUCGUCAUCGUCCGCUCCGUCGCAGUCAUCUUCGGGCUAUGAGUACUCAUCUCGGGACAUGAAGCCCGCUGCGUUGCUGCUGCGCGACCUGCUUCGCGCCCACAGCAUCUUCCUUAUGCAUCACGCCUCGUCCCUGAGCGCGCUGUUUGUGCAUUGCCGCCGCUCCAAGUUUGUCGCCAUCCUGAGCCGCUACUGGGACUUGUAUCUCUCGACAUGGAACGUCAUGCUGCACGGAAACCCGGCCAGGGACAUUCUCAGCGGCAUCAACCUGGCCGCCUCGGGCGAGCUCGGCAUCGGCGUUGGCGAGGAGGAUCGCGGCAGUGGCGAGCGCGAGGUGCUUGAGGGGCUCGUGGGGAGGAUAGAGGGCCUCGUCGAUCUCGUCGUCUCCAAGUUUGGCGAGGAGGACGACGGCGAGGGGGAGCAGCAUCCCCUUCACCAGCACCAACACUGGCUCGGCACCGGCCAGGAACCGGCCGUCGAGGAUGGAGCCAUCUUUCUUGGGACCGGAGCCCUGUCGAGGAAGUCGCUGAGAGAUGUCACGCACUGGAUGGAAGACCUCUACACCUGGGGCGAACAUGCGUACGGUGUAAUAGAGAGCCCGACGUCGGUUCGUCGUGCCAAGGCGAGAAAAGACGCCAGGCGCAAUGAUCAAGAAUCCAACAAUGGUAAGAAGCAAACCGUCGUGCAGACCUUGCCGCCGCCGCCUCCAUCGGUCCAAUCGAAAGGAGCGACGGAAGCAGAAGAGGGAAAGCUGGACAAGAUGCUCAACUAUAUGAAGCUGGGCUAUGGCUCGUACUGGACACUGCCCGGUGGCGGCUCGAGCGACUCGUCUAGCGCCCAGCCUGCCAAACCAGAUGCCGCGGGUCUGGCACCAGAAGUCAAAGAGGCUUCUUUGCGGCCGCCUGGCCGACCCAGUCUUCCCCGGCGGACGUCGUCUGCCGAGGCCGCUGGGCACUACCUCAUCGGUCUCAAGGGAGAGAUUGAAGAAGAGGCUCAAGGUGAGCCGGAUGCCAGCGCCAAUUCGUCCGACUCGGAAUUCGAGCACAACUCGCGCACCGUCCUUCGUACUCUGCACGUUGAGCUUGAGCCCGGCUCCGACGGUGGGCGCUCCGAGGCGACGGUCGUGCGGGACUUUGGUCGCCAACUGGGUGGCAUUCACCAUCGGUCGCAGCUCGUCGGCAACAUGAUGCCCGGAUACGAUUCGCACGACCUCAACAAGGCGCAGAAAUUGCGCGUUGUUGUCUACGUCAACCGACCGUUCGUCUUCGCCUUCCUCUUUCGCCUGCGCACAGACUCUCUUGCGUGGGAUGCUCUGUACCGUUCGCUGCACUACCAGCUGGCGCCGCUCAAGAAGUCGCUUAUCGAGUCGACCAAGUACCGCCCCGAGCGGCAGGAUUCCAAGGGCUCGCCGGACGGCAUCUAUAAUCUUGUCUGGGACCCGCCGUCGCUGACAGUUCACUCCACCCUCCCCAACAUCCCGGAGCUGGCCUCGUCAGACGCCUGGUCCCGUGCCGACGCCAUCAACACGCAUCUCCACCUCCUCAACAUCCACGCCACGACGCGUGCCCGGCCCGGCGAUCUAGAGCGCACGCACAAGACGAGUCGCGGGUGGUGGAUCGUGUGGACGCGCCUGCUCCAGCAGCGCGCUGGCCGAGGUGACGACGCACGCGGUGCCAACCUGUCCACGAUACACGAGUCGUCGCCGGGGGCGUCGGAGGCGAUGGGAAGCAACGCCAAUGAUGGGGACGACGGCGGCAAUCACGACGGGGAAGAUGACGAUGACAGCCGCGACGACGAGGCGCCCGACGUGGCCAAGGAAAUAUUCCUGAUCCGUCGGGCAAGCGACCACGCUGGGUUCCGCGGAGUCGCAGCGGGGGAUGGGGGUGGCUCAGAUGGAGCGGGGAGGCUCGCGCAGGGAAUUGGCGUCGAUACGAGGCGCUACGUCGAGGAGCUGCUCAGCCUCCUCUGACGAACAUGAUAUUACAAGGCCGGAGAUGAUGACCGUAUCCGUAGUGUGUACCGCACAGGGGGGAUCGACCGACCUACCACAAACGUGGAUUGGAGACGGUCCUUUCCACGGCGUCUUGGUCUGAUCUGGCUCUCGGCCAUGGCAUAAAUUCGUCAUGGCCAAGGGCCUACGCGAAAACGGGAUGUGCUGACACUGUAAUGAAAGGAAGGGGGUGGUCCACGCAACAUAACAGGGAUGCAGCCGAGGCGCAGGCGCAUUCUGGCCCUUGGCCUCGGGCUCCGAAGGAAGGGAGAGAAAACAGACGGAGCUGCUCCUGGACAGCUCAUGCUGCCCACCGGCGCAGUUUGUACUUGUAUUGUAGCAUCAAAAGGGGCGACGUCUCCUUUUUCUGGGGAUCGCGUGGAGUUGAACGCGAGGAGUUGAGAACGUGGACAGACGAGUAAAAUGAAGG